GGGCGGCGGUGGGCUCUGGCGGCCGGGCUGCUGGGCGCCGCCGCCGCGCUCGCCCUCUACUCGGCGCUGCCCGAGCCGGCCUGGGCGGAGGGCGAGCCGAUGACCGUGCUACUGUGGUGGGAGCCCUUCGGCCGCCCGCGGCGCUUGGCCGACUGCCGGCGGCGCUACAACAUCAGCGGCUGCCGCCUCAGCGCCGACCGCAGCCGGUUCGGCGAGGCUCAGGCGGUGCUGUUCCACCACCGCGACCUGGUGCGGCACGGCGCCGGGGAGCUGCCCCGCGGGUCCCCGCCGCGGCCCCCGCGGCAGCGCUGGGUCUGGAUGAACUUCGAGUCUCCGUCGCACUCGCCCGGCUUGCGGGGGCUGGCCGGGCUCUUCAACUGGACCAUGUCCUACCGCCGCGACUCCGACGUGUUCGUGCCCUACGGGUACCUCUACGUCCCGCCGGCGCCCCGGCCCUUCGUGCUGCCCCGCAAGACGCGGCUGGUGGCCUGGGUCAUCAGCAACUGGAACGAGGAGCACGCCCGGGUGCGCUACUACCGCCAGCUGAAGGAGCACCUGCCCAUCGACGUGUACGGGGCGCGGGGGCUGGCGCUGGCCGAGGGCGGCCUGGUGGAGACCGUCUCAGCCUACAAGUUCUACCUGGCCUUCGAGAACUCCCAGCACACCGACUACAUCACCGAGAAGCUCUGGAGAAACGCCUUCUCCGCCAGCGCCGUGCCCGUCGUCCUCGGACCCCGCAGGGCCAACUACGAGCGCUUCAUUCCCCCCGACUCCUUCAUCCACGUUGACGACUUCCCGAGUCCCCGCCUGCUGGCCACCUACCUGAAAUUCCUCGAUAAAAACAAGCCCAACUACAGGCGGUACUUUGCCUGGAGGAAGAAAUACGAAGUCCACGUCACCUCGUUCUGGGAUGAGCAUUUCUGUAAGGUCUGUGAGGCUGUUAGGGUAGCUGGGAAUCAAAUCAAGACUGUUCAAAAUCUGGCCAGCUGGUUUGAAAGUUGAUGUUCCCGGAGGGUGAGGUUUGCCUGGAYAGCCUGGGCCAGCGUCAAGGAGUAGAGAAAUAUGGGUCUCACAGAGGUCAUUCGCCAAGUUAGUCGGCGUUAGCCACAGAAGGCUGGCAUCAGUGAGAGAAGCAUACAGGUACAGGAAAACAAGCUGUGAAAAGCCUGCAAAAUGAAGAUUUUUAUUGAAGGGAAAAUUAUUGAAAGUACAAAGAGACAUCAUGUCAGAUAAUUCCUUAAGAGCAAAGCUAAAUUUCCAAAAGUCAUACAGAUCCGGAACUUUUAAAGUCCUGCACGGCUCAACAUAUCUGAUGCCAAAUUCUUCAGCUGUACAGCUGAAAGCAAUUUUGGUGGCUAUGACAACUUCCUGGACCGUGAAACUCCUCUGCUCACAGAGGAUACAUGAUCAGUGCUGGUUUUCUGUAAUACUAAGACAAAAAUGAAUGUUUUAAACUGAUUUUAAUAUGUGUGAAGGCUAUUUACAGACAAAUUCUGAGCCGCUAGUGUUGAACUUAAGAAUGUAAUCAUACAGUAGCACCUUUUAGCAAUGCUUGAAAUUGCWGCAGCCCGCUAAUAAUGCUUUGAACCAAAUAAUUAUUCCAUUUAGGAAAAAACAUAUGGAGGGGAUGGAAUUUGAGUAGACAAGCAGCUCAGACGAUGUAGAGUAUUUCUUUACUACCCACCAACCAUAGGCACAUUUAUCCUGUAUGAAAGUGGAGUAGAACUUAAGGUACAGGAAAAGACAGACUAUAGGGGAAAAAUGUCGGUACACUUCCACCCUCCCUUUAUUCAGGAAUUAGAAAAUGUUUACAGAUAUCUGUGUAUUUUUCUCUGCAAAAUUAUUGCCCUACAGGAAAAUGCAGGGAAAGACUCAGAAUGGCCAAGGCUUUAUUGCUAUAUUGAAUAUAUACACACAGAAAGGCUAACUUAUUUCUCAAGUAUCAAUUGACAGUGCUCUUGUGUAGCAAUURCUCUGGUUCAUGACAUUUUCAAAAGUUCUGCUGGGGACAGACUGCUCAGAAUGCUGUUUUGCUAUUUAUAAAAUAAUAAUUACAAAAAAAAAAACCCUCCCACAAAACUCCCAAAUCACUCUCUUUCAAAAAGAAAAUUACUGUAGAGAAUAAGAUCUAUACUGUUGGUACMAUACACAUCUUGUGAAGAAAGAAUAUUAAAAGGGGAGGAUUUACUAUUUACUUUUCCUUUGGUUUUGAGGUUUUUUUCUGGCUCAUUUUUUAAUCAAUAAACAGGUUCUUAAGGUAAAACUUCCUUCUCUCAGUGCCAGUCGGGAACAUUUACUGUAAUUACCCUUUCAAUCACUGACAUUUUGCUGGAGUCAUCCUAGUAGUUGAUGUAUUGUUACUUUUUCGUUACAUGUAGUCUUGCUCAGAGAAAGCAAGAAAGAAACUUCAGUUACAAUUACACAUCUUUGGCAAGCUGAGCCUCCCUGUCUUCUGCAGCUAUGAAGUUUGGUGGUGAAAAGAUGGUAACCCACAUGAGUCCUGCCCRAAUGAUUAAGGUAUUCAUUCUGCUUCUUUUUAAGAAGCUCGGUAAUCCUUGGAGUUACUCAGAGACUUCAUUCAGAAUAAAAUGAUGGGCACAGAACAGGUGGGAAAAAAAUUCAAUUGCAAAUAAAAGAUGGGCAUCAGAACAGGCGAGUUUACUGGCAUUUGUGAAUGAUAUUUAGGUUAGGAAAGGAUUAGAUUUGAUUUCAGCAGUAUGGGAUAUCAGAUGAGUGCUUUUAAGAUAUAUAAGCAGGCAGUCUACUGUAAUUUAUUUCAAGCUGGAUAUUCCUAGUGAUUUGGUAAGCAUGGAACCAAGGAUUGUUGGAAAAAAACUAAUAAUAAUGAAGUUCAUUAAUGAUUUGCACUGUGUUACCUGUUUAGAUCUUGCAGGUUUCUGUGUUUAUUGCCUUCYGCUUUUGUGCAAGGAAGGAUGGCUGAAGGUUCUUGAUGAAAYUUUCUUUUAUCACUGCCAGAAUUGCUGUAGAAUAUUUAUUGGCAAAGGAGCAAAAAUGAUCUUUGCAAUAUGGGRUAUAAGAGGGAUAGUUCCUAAUGCUGUGCUUUCACUUCAAGAGGUAUAAAGUGAUUGUUUAAAGUGAAAUCAUGUUCUUCAUGGCAUGGUCAUCUGCUUUUCUAGCAGUGYUUACUACUCUUGUAACAAUGGGUUUGAUAUUUUUAAAACUCUAAUUUAGAUAUAGCAUUAACAGUAAUAUCAAAGUGUCAGGCAGAUAGGUUCUCUCUCUCCCUUUGAAUUUAUAAUAUUUUUUUUCUGUUCAGUUGUUAUCAUAGUUCAUGUAAAUGCAUACCAAACCCCAAUCUUAAAAGUGAUGAGAGAACAUUUAAGAUUGCACUACUUUUUACCAGUCUACUAAAACUAGUGCAUUUUUUUUCAAUCCUCUUAAUUUUUUUAGCAUUUUCUGAAAGUUUCCAGGUGCACAGUUCUUCUGUGUAAUCAUUYGUAAUGCCACAGGCAGAAGAUCAGGCUGCAGGAGCAUGGAAAUUUCCAAAGAUUGCAAAAGUAAAUUUUUUUCUCAGCCUCUAAAAAAAGCAGUUGAAAUAUUUGAGGAGGUAGUUUUGUAAAAUUCAGAAAAGAGCUAUACAGCACUUAGAGCAUUAUAUUUUCAUAAGAUGAUCACAACUGCACAGUAUUUGCAAAUUGUGCAYUGAGGAUUUUCAAGAACUGUGUGGUGAAAACUGCAAUUUUGUAGUAAUUAUUGCAGAGCACUUGCAUUGGGAAAAGAGAAGCCGUUACUAGUUUCAUCAUUCUUACAGGGGUGUUGUAAACUUUUUGCUUUCCAUUUGGGAGGAAACUCAGCCCAGGCCUACAGUUGCUGAAGUCAGUAUUACAGCAUCUCUAUAAAUCUCUGGGUUUUGGCUCGUCCACUCCGUGAGCUAAUAGUGUCCUGUUUCUGGCAAAGGACUGGCUUUUGUAUUGCACUUUGUUGAGCUCCAGUUCAAUGAGAAGUAUAAAGUUUGCCUGAGUAGAUUUUCCAGAUGGGGUACCAGGCUCCUCAAGGCAUUGCAGAUGACAUACACAAUCCACUUGUAAAAAUUAGGCAAAGUUGUUUUCUAUUUUAAGUAGACAAAUUUCCUUGAAUACAUUUUGAAAAAAAAAUUUAUUCCAUGCCUUAAAAUAUUGGGGUGGAGGGAGAGAAGGGAAGACCAUUAUCUUCUGGGUUUUAUAAGAAGAAUUGUCAUUACUUUUUGAUUAUGAUGUAAAUGGAAUAGAGAAUCAUGAGAUCCAUCAAGCUGCAUAUUGCGUCUCAGGGAAUUUUAUACUGUAAGGUGUCUUGCUCUUCAUGGAAUGAAGUAACUUGAUAUUAAUUAUAUAGAUUGACACUCAAUAAAAUUAAAGGAAGUAGUGCAAAACUGCCCUAUUUUUUCUUCUGUCGUCUGUGUUCUGAAGGCUGUAGAAAACUGCUUUUUAAAGACAGUGAAUAUGUCUUCAUGUUUGUUUAAAAAUAAAAGUGGUUGAUUGUUCUCAAUGUAGUCAGACCAUCUGAGGUUAGACAUGAAACCUGGUUCUGCCAGGAGAAAAAUAUUUUCAUAGGAGAGGCUGUGCUGAGUUAUUUUCUAUAUGAAAAGGUGCAUUUAUUGAAGUUGGAUGUCUGUUGGAAAAAUGUCAUUUUAAACAAAAUCAAAAAACAAACUUUCAACCAACCGAUGGAGAAUUUGAAUGUGGUUUGAUUCUUUUUGCCCCCCUUAUAUUUCAGAAUGAGACUAUGUUUAUUUUGGUAUUCAGUAUGUAGUGCUACAUCUGCCUCUCUAUCUAUAGUUUUUUCAUAGUUGUUCAUCGCUGUCUUCAACUAAGCAGCAGAAGAUCAAGGGCUAAAAGCCCUUUUCCCUAAGCUUAUGUUAACACUAACUGCUGCACAAGUGAUGGCUUACCUCUCUCUUCAUUCAUUUUCUGUACAGCUCAGUGCCCAGCAUUGAGAAAGMAUUUCUGAAAAUUCCUGUCCAGCCAGGAUGGGGUUGGAGCUACAGUCCUUGYUUUUUCCCCCUAAGGUGAUUGAUAUUGUAUCCUCAUCACAUUUAACUUUUGUAACCAGAGCUUAAACUGACAGCUUKCUUACUUCUACUGAGGGGGAAAACAUUUUUAUUUCCUCAUUUUCCAGAUGAGACUGAACACUGGGAAGGAGAAACUGUUAUAAAUAUUUCUCUGACAAACAUUGGGUACCAUUUGUUCAAGCUUGUUUUCUGACUCUUAAGUGAGUUAUGACUGAUUAAACUCACACAGCUCUCUAUCCAACAGUCAUAUAAAAUGGUGUUUGCUUUAAAAGAGUAAAUAACCCUUUGUAGGGAGCACAGAGCUGACUCAAUCUAAAAUCUGUUGACGAGAACACAGUGACUUAAUGUGGAUUUAAGUGGUGUUUAACUAAAGAUAAAUCAGGAUCCAAGUAUAACAGCCUGUUUUUAAUCAGUAAAAAAAGUCAUUAUUUGAAUAACUUGCUUGUAACCAGCUUGGUUUAUGUAACCAACUCAGUUUAACAAUUUGUGUAAUUCUGUAUUUUCUACUGUGUGGUCAUUUUAAAAACUACCCCAGGCCAGAAUUUCUGUGCUUUGUGUUCUGCAGAUUUGUUUUUUAUGGUCUUCAGCUAAUUACUCAAGCAUAAUUUUGACACAAUGGCAGCUGUUCCUGACAGUCUCACCCUAAAGAGUAUCUGAGAAGAGUAAUUAGAAGCCCUUUUUUUUCCCCCCCCAGUUUUUCAGGAGUGCUUUGAGAGCUUCAGAGAUUUCUCGCUGCUGGUGGUAGGGUGCAUGAUAUGUUCAGGAAGCAUCCUGAAGCUAUGACCCCUUUUUAAUUGAAAAAUAUUCUUUAAAGGAGUACAUUUUUGAAUUUCUUCAAUGAUUUUAGAUCCUCAUAAUUGCAUGUUUUUAAUUUUUGCAGCAGAGUUAAAAUAGACUUUAUUUCAGGAAUG